CAUAAACCAAAACCCUAAACUCAGUGGAGUAAUAAUCGCGCAGACGCACAACAUUCGCAGCCCUUGCGCAAAAGUCCGAUGUCUGAUUGUAACACGACCUCAUCUCCUCACUCGAUCGCUUCCACACUUAGCCUGACAGCACAGAACCCGGACCAUGAUCUGAGCGAGUCGGAAGAGAGCGACUAUGGCUAUGACUGCAAGCCGCGACUGCCCUAUGUCAAAGGAUUCACCUUUACUGCACAUCGGCACGAGCCGCCGGCGCCCUUCGGCAUAGGUUAUAGUACCGAGUCCCCUCUGGUGCAGGAGAACUGGAAGUUACUCUCGCAAACCGAAUACUGUCUUUCCCAAUCUCUACUGGAAGGCCAGACGUAUCUAGGCGAAGUAAACCCUCUGACAAUCACUUCGACUAUAAGAACCGGUUAUGAUCGAGGUGCGCAGCUUGUGGUGGUAAACGAUACCAUGGUCGCCAAAAUCUACGAUCCACUUUACUACGAGGGAAUCAAUGAGUUUGGUUAUAGGGAAGACGUUAUUACAAAUGCCGAUGGUGAUUAUAGCCGCGAAGCCGCCGCUUAUAUGGAGCUUCAAAACUCGCCAGCUGCGAAGGGCGUUACCCCAGCAUUUCAUGGCACAUGGACCAUCGAAGUUGAGACGGUAGUUGGGAAGGUUGGACAGCAAAAGACGAACAGGCGACACGUACGACUCAUUCUCAUCGAACGACUACUUGGUGACAGCAUGGAGAAUAUCUGUACUGCAUACUUGCGACGGCCGGUGCGGUCCUUGAUUCUCAAGAAAGCCUUGCAUGCAGAAGCUAUCAUUUGUAAUGCUGGUGUUAUGCACCGCGACUUUUGCCCUCGCAACAUCAUCGUCCUCGGUGAUGAGUACUCCAACCCGAACAUUCCGAUAAAAGACAUCAAGGUCGAGGUCAAGGUCUUUGACUUCAAUAUCGCCUCGGUCGUGAAUCACCCUUACUACGAGAAGCGUAGGUCCGCCGGGAAAGGAAAGCUGCUCAAAGAAAAGUGGCAUCCAAGGCUGGUAUCGCCAAUCUUGCGGUACUUUGGCCACAUGUCCGAGUUCUCGACCGAGGGAUGGUGCUCAGAUUCAGGUAGGGAGGCGGACAAGUGGUUGUGGAGACAUUUUCGUAAAGAUGAGCGGUUUAUUCCCGUCAUUUGGGAUCCCAAUACCCCAGAAAAGCGUCCAGUUUAUCAAGGGUGGAAUGAUUUGGUGAACGGGUCGGAUUCGGGUGUUAGUGUCAGCAGUGAGGCAAAGGGGGCAGACGAGCGCUGUAGCUACAGCAGUUCCACGCGCACCACAUAAGUCUUACCUACUCCCAGUAUCAAGGGUUUGUUUGGUAGAAUACUGGUGUUCAAAAAUUAUUCAGGAUGAAAGAAGAUACCCUAUAAACGGCGCGUUUAUCUUUUGCCAGGCUUAUCGACUUGGAAUGCGUUUGCGCAAGUCAGAAAGGGCAAUACUACUUUUUGAAUCAACACUAAAUGUACUAUGGCUCAUGAAGUGAGAAUCUUAGCA